UUGCGUGCGGUCCGUUUCUAGGUGUCUAGCAACAGCUAUAAGCCCAGACAGCCGGCGGCAACGGGAGCGGUGUUUCUUGGUGUGUCUUUGGUGUGAUUGUUCGUUGCCGGUUGUUCAUAAGUAAUAGUGGUUUAGCUGAAAAAACGGUGAAACAACAACCCUGACCCCUGCACAGAGAUAUGAGCGGCAGCGGGCGGCCCAGGACCAGCUCGUUUGCUGAGCCGCCAGGUGUUCCAGGAGCCGCUGCUGCGUCCGCCGGAUCAGCCGCUGCCGUGGGGAGCAGCACAGGAAAGACCGGGGUCUCGCAGGCCUCCGGUAGCAGCUCGUCAGGAUGCUCCAACCUUAAGCUUGCCAGAGACAGCGGGAAGGUGACAACGGUCGUGGCCACACCGGGUCAGGGACCGGACCGCCCACAGGAAGUCUCCUACACUGACAUCAAGGUCAUUGGCAAUGGGUCGUUUGGUGUGGUGUACCAAGCUCGCCUCAUCGACACACAGGAGAUGGUGGCCAUCAAAAAGGUUCUGCAGGAUAAGAGGUUCAAGAAUCGGGAACUACAGAUCAUGAGGAAGUUGGACCACUGCAACAUUGUCCGAUUACGUUAUUUCUUCUACUCUAGUGGCGAGAAGAAGGAUGAAGUGUACCUCAACCUCGUGUUGGACUUUGUCCCCGAGACGGUCUACAGGGUUGCCAGGCAUUUUAACAAGGCCAAGAGCAUUAUUCCUAUCAUAUAUGUGAAGGUGUACAUGUACCAGUUGUUUCGCAGUCUGGCUUAUAUCCAUUCCCAAGGUGUGUGUCACAGAGACAUCAAGCCCCAAAACCUGCUCGUCGACCCAGAAACUGCCGUCCUAAAGCUGUGUGACUUUGGCAGCGCAAAGCAGCUUGUCCGGGGUGAACCAAAUGUGUCGUAUAUCUGCUCACGGUACUACCGCGCCCCGGAGCUGAUUUUUGGCGCCACAGACUACACAGCAAACAUCGACAUCUGGUCAGCUGGCUGCGUACUGGCAGAGCUGCUGCUCGGACAGCCCAUAUUCCCCGGCGACAGUGGAGUGGAUCAGCUAGUGGAGAUUAUCAAAGUAUUAGGAACACCAACAAGGGAACAAAUUCGAGAGAUGAAUCCAAACUACACAGAAUUCAAGUUCCCUCAGAUCAAAGCGCAUCCUUGGACCAAGGUGUUUAAACCUCGCACCCCUCCAGAGGCCAUUGCGCUUUGCUCUCGGCUGCUGGAGUACACGCCAGCCUCGCGCCUCUCCCCGCUAGAGGCCUGUGCACAUGCCUUCUUCGACGAACUGCGCCAGCCAAACACGCGGCUGCCCAGUGGACGAGAACUGCCGAUGCUCUUCAACUUUAGCACCACAGAGCUGUCGAUCCAGCCUCAGCUGAACUCAAUCCUCAUUCCUCCUCACGCUCGCUCUCACACAGCUGCUUCUGCACACGAUGGUACCGGUUCAGAUUCAUCUCAACACAGUUCAGUACCAGGAUCUCUCAACAGCAUCUGAAGCAGCUUCUCAGCCAUCUGCCUGCAAAGCAUCACCCCGUUUUCUCAGACACACACACACACUCUGUGUCCACAGCUGUCCACCAUGCUGCUUUGCUAUCUUCUUCCAUGGUCUGUUUCUGUACAGUAAAUCCACUGAGAAAACGCUUCGUUGUUUAGCUGUCAGGGUCGAAACUACGGCAGGAGAUUGUUACACACACACACCGAAUCGUCCCGCUGCUGCUCGGGUGGUUUUAGAAGGUUCAAUAGUCGGGGCUGGUCCUCUGUAUUAUAAGCUUUUGUUAACCAUUUUUUUCCUUUUUGUUUUCUUUUUGUUUUUAUUUAUUUGGCUAGGUAAAAUCAUUAUAUACUUUUUCCCCCUCACUUUUAAGAUUAUUUUUUUAUUCAGUGUUUUUAAAUGAGUGCACGCUGCCUGAACGAGACUAGAACUGGGCCCCUCAUCACAGUAGGACUUUAAUUUAACUCAGGAUGGGAGAACAGUUGCAGGGACAUUGACAUUAUUUUAGUCCAGUCCUGUACUUAAGUUACAAAUCAAACCUUCAGCUGUUGUUGUUUUAGCUGCAGAUGGAAGAAAAAAACAGGCCAGUGCCAGAUAAAUGUCAGAGUUUGCCUCGUGUUGGAAACGAGCGUCCUUACAGGUGUGUCUGGUAAAGGAACUAAACGCUUCUCUGACUAAACUAUAUAUACCCAACAAGGAAGGAGUCUUAAUUUUUUUGUGGCUCGAGACCCUUUCUCAGUUUUUAACCAUGUUUUUACUUUUAAAAUUAGGUCCCACAUUGUCAGCCACAGAGGCAUAUUUGUAGGAAAGAGCACUUAAGUGCAACUCGAAAAGAAGGCAUCACUUUUCAGGAAAUUGUUUUAGACCUAUUAGGGUUGGGGAAAAGAAAUGGCCUCCUCAGAAAUGUUUCUAGAUGGCUGGACAGAAGCGUGGCUGCUCGUUCUCCUUCUUCACAGGUAAUUUGGCUGUGUUCGCCUGAUCAUGAAAUGUCAGAAAAGGUUCAGACAGUGCUUUUAGUCUUAGAUCAGUGUUGUGAAAGAAGAUUGCAAAAGUUCCCCAUAAUGUGCAAGUGGAGUUGGAGACUUUAUAUUGGAAAAAAAUGUCUUUUCUUUAAGCAAGCAGAAAAGGAAAACUUUAAACCUUCCCCAAAGACAUGUUUAAAUUUCAGGCUUCUCUGGAAACGGCUCUGUGUUCUGCUGUUUUAACUAAACCAAAAACGUAGUUAUUUCUUUACUAUACUUCCUUUUUAAGAUUAAAUUCUGUGAUAUGAAGUCAGUGAUAUGAACAUAUAAAUUGGUAUUACAGUCUGAAAUUAUUCAGACUUUUAAUGGCUUAAAAACAAGAAGCGGAGAAUUAUCUGAUUGGUCCCUCAUCCAGUUUUUGUAGUUGUGUGGAUAUGAAAGCCUCGAAACUUCAGUUAAAACUUGAUUUAGAUGCAAAUCAUGUCCAGAUAUCAGAAAGCUGUGUUUUUGUUUUUGUUUUUUUGUUUUUAAAUCCUCCUUGAUUUGGAAAUGUGGCGCUUGAGUAUUUGUCUCACUGUUGAUUAAAGGCAGCAGAGAAACAAA